AUGUUGUGCCAACAGAUGAUUAAAACGACAGCUAAGAGAAGUAGUAAUAUCAUGGCCAGACCUAUUAUCAUGAAGAGAUCAGUACACUUCAAAGACGGUGUGUAUGAGAACAUCCCAUUCAAAGUCAAAGGAAGAAAGACACCUUACGCCCUUUCUCAUUUCGGGUUCUUCGCUGUUGGAUUUGCUAUUCCAUUUGUUGCCUGUUAUGUUCAAUUGAAAAAGUCUGGUGCUUUUUAA